AGCGCCUGUCGCUUUAACCGGCCGCCGUGGGUGGUGGCCCGGCGCAGUGCGCAUGAGUUCGGGGUCGGCUGGUGGAGCAGCCCGUGUCUGGCGGGAGGUGCUGCUGUAGCCACCUGCUUGCUGCUACCCUUUGUCAGGGCUCCUUCUCGCUCCUGGGUUUGUGCUCGUUACUUCUGCCUGGAGAAGCGCGGAUUGCUCCCUGCAGCCGACAUGAGUAACGCGAGCAGCCCUACGUAAUAUGCUGAUGGCAUUCUACACUGCGUCGGGCUCCAUAAGUCAAGAGAGUGUGAUGCCUAGAAAUCUCCUCUCAGAUUCUCCUGAAAUGGCAUCUGAAGUCUCUCCAAAGCAUGCAGGUGGGAGCAUGGAGAGUGGUGGCAGUGUGGAGAAUCACGGCAGUCAAGCUAAGUGCAGAAACACUGCCUUGGAUGAUGAGAGUCUGAAAUACUUAACUCAUGAGGAGCAGGAUGUUCUCAUGUUCUUUGAGGAAACCAUUGAUGCCUUAGAAGAUGAUUUGGAGGAGCCAGUCCUACGUGACAGUGGCAUCCACUGUCAGUCUCCAAGGUCAACAGAAGAAAAUGUGUCCAGUCAUUCAGAGACUGAAGAUAUCAUCGACUUAGUGCAGUCAACACCUGAGAGUAGUGACCACGAAGGCCCUCCUAGCACAGAUACAGAACCAGGUAUGUCGGAUGCUACCUGGAGAGCUGAGAGCCCCAAGCCAGCUGUAGCUGCUGACCUUCCCCCACAACCUCCUGUUCCGCCACCAUCCACAUCGGAGACGCUUCCUCUUCCUCCUCCACCCCCUCCUGCAGUGCAACAUCCCAAAUUGCUUCGUUCUGUCCCCACUCCCCUCAUCAUGGCCCAGAAGAUGUCUGAGCAGCAGGGGGAGAGCAGGCUGCGCUUCCCCACUGCCCUCAGGGAGGGGAGUUUGGACAGGAAGAAAAGCCCAGUGGCCAAUGGUGAUUCUUUUGUGUCUCCCAAGCACCCUCCUGUGCCUGCACCCAAGCUACACCGCUUCCCCAGCAACAUCAACAUCACCAAUGUCAGUGGCAAAGAAUUCAGUGAGACUAUUUCAAAAGCAGCAGUUAAUGUCCAGGAGCGGAGGGCUCAGGUGCUGGCCAACAUCAAUGGAGGAGCUUUUUUGGCAGCUGAACUGGAGGAGAAACUACAGAAGAAUGAUUUCUUGUCACGUAACAGAAGUUCUUCCUUAAGGGACCUGUCCUCUGAGCAAACACGAUACGAGGCCCUGACAAAACUCGGCCUAGUUAAGGGGAAGCCAGCUCAGGACCAAGUGGACCAUGCCCCAAGCACUCAGCAGCUUGAUGUGCAGCCCAAACAGGCAGACACCAUUCCCAAUGGAUAUCAAAACGUCCAUGAGGCUUUAAAAAGCGAGCCCAGCCCUUUCCUUCCUACAGGCAAAACUGUAACAAUCAAACCAGAGGCAGCACUUGGUGCUAACAAGGUCAGCAGCGCACAGCAGGACACGGCAAAAAGCUGUAAUGAUUAUAAACAACCUGGUCUAAACCUGGAGAUGAGGAGGAGAUCAGGUUCACUGCCUAGACCUUCAGGCUUUCGAUCCCAAGGUAUAACAGUUAAGUUUGCUGGCCGUGGCUCCACGGAGGAAGCCAGGAGAGAGGCACUGCGGAAACUGGGACUCCUGAAAGAGACUUCCUAACCGGGGAGGGGGGGAAAGUCACAGCGUGGCUUUGUGCUAGAGAAGUCCCAACAGGUUUGGGAUCAAAGAGACUGGAAGAAGAAAGGAGAAGUUCUGUGCUUCAGGCAAGCUAAGGAUAUACUGGACACUGGAAUGACUGCUGGUGUUGAUGCCAGAAGGACUGGCACCACAGAUGGUCAUGUACAGUGGUGGGAUUCGGCUCCCCUUUCUCCAGAGAUACUUGUCGGUCGCUCUUGGGGGCCAAGAGGAGUUUUAUUUAAGUCAUGCUGGACUGUAGCAGGCAGCAUCUGGUUAAUGAAGUGACAGUGCAGAGUUGUUGUACAUAGCAAACUGAAUGGCAAAUCUUCCUCUUGCUCUUUCUGAAGCCAAACCCAAGAGCUCCCUUUGUCUCACCCACACGUGUAGGGCUGUUCACGGGAGCUCAGGAUAACGUCAAAGCUGAAAUUUCUGACCAGUGUGAUGCACUUGUGUGAUUUUUUUGCUGUCUGUAUUAUCUGGCUUGGCUUCAUCCCCUACCAGUGGUGGAGUCUCCUGCUUCCCUGCUCUGUACUCACUGGUUUCUGCUUUGACUUUCUCCUCAACAGAGCAGCCCAGGCUCUGAGUGGGUGACUGCAUCACUCUGCUGCUUCACUUGAAGUCUUGCCUUUCUUCCCAGCCACCUGCUUUGUGGUCACACUCUAGCAACCUGCCUGUCCAGUGAAAGGCACCAGAUAAGCCUCAAGGAUAUGCAUCAUGCACGGGUUUUUGCACUGACAGCCAAAGAGUCUCCUGACAAUCUGUGACCCCAACUGUUCUGUACCAGUGUCCAUCUCAUAGCAGAGAAGCCAUAGGAACAAGUUAACUUUGUACCAAAUGUGAGAACCUUAUGUCAGAAGCCUUUCAUGUUAGCGUUCUUAUGAAGCAACAGUUACUUUUAGCACAGUAGCUGUACUACACCCAAUAGUUGUCAUUUCUGUCACUUAAAAAAACCUGUCAAUUUCAUCUUCCUGUAGUCUGACAGCCCUAAUAAUCCUCUGUUCACAGCCUUCUUCAAUUCUGCCCUGCCAAUGCAUAACAAGUUACAGCCAAAAAUUUUGCAAGCUGAGUGGAGUUACAGGAGAGAGCUGUUUAUGUGAGAGCAAGUUGCUCCUGGAUGGUCCAAGGUGGUGGUGUUUUUGCCUUUGUUCAAUAGUUGUGCUUUUAAAGAUGGUCCCAAAAUAUGUUUAUGUUGGUAUGAUUUAUUUGUUUUACAUGGCAAAGCUGCUGUUCCAGGUUCAAACUCCCUUCCCUUUUUGUACACCUGAAAACAUCAAUAAUAGCCAUUUUGUAAUGAAAUGCCAAGUUCCAGACCCUCUAAAUUUCUUGUUGUUAUUCCUGCAUGUUUAGAGAGUUCUUAGAUUUGUAGAGUUUUUUUCUCUAAAGGGGAAAAAUUCACUUAUUCUCUUCACUUUCUGAAUCCUUUAAGCAGCUCCCUCUUUUUCCCAAGAAGCUGAGCUGCUUCGUAAACCUUGGGGAAGAAGAGAGGAGUGGCCACCAUAGAAACUGACACACCCUGCAGCCAGGAGCUCUGACAUAACUGUGAUAAACAAGUUGGUAGUUCUUGUGAUAAAGUAUUUCAGACUUGCUGAGCUGUACUUGUAAAUGAAGCUGUCGUGAAGGAACAAAAAUCUUUGCACCUGUUCUCAACCCACCUCAUGAGUUAAAGGGUUUCUUGUCUUUGGUUUUUUUUUUUUAUCUGCUUGCUGCUUAAAUUUUUAAUUGUGUUGUUAUGGUAUCUGGCUGGUUCUGCUCUGUAGUUAUUCUUUUCAGCCUUUGCACUGGGUAAGUGAUCACAUUCAUCACUGAGAGGCUGACUGUACAUAAGCAAUCCUUAAUUAAAACGUGGCUGUCCCUCUGUCUGGCAAAGCACUUGGGCAUGCAUAAUCAAAUGUGAGAGUGCUGCUGAAACAAAAACAGCUGCUUGUGUGCUGCAAGUAAAGCACAUCCUUGCUUUUGCUGGGCUCCAUGUCUGUAGUCCUAAAUCAGAAAGAUGAGGAAGCACAUAAAACGCAUCCAGGCACCUGCUUCAGCACAGCCUGGAAUAGAGUCCUUCAUGUGGAUGCUGUAUCAUCAUUUAUUAACAUAACCUGCUAAGGAAACUUAAAUGUUUCAUGACCUUUGUGCUUUUAAAUCCUCUUAAAGCAAAUUCUUCAUUAGACAUGUGAAGUGUGUACAAAGCAAUCUUCACAUCUAAUCAUGCCUUGCCAGCUCUUCAAGUUGUUUACAGCUGAGAGUCCAUGCUAAGCAAAUGGGAGACAAACCCCAAAGCACUCUGUUUUGCUGGAAUUCCAACCUAUUCAAGAACUCUGUAACAUAACCCUAUUUAAAAAAGAAGAUAUUAGCUGUGUAAUAUUUGAAGUAUACAGUUGCAGAAAGCUGAAUUAGCUGGAUCCUCUUCUCUCAUCCUUUGUGCAGGGCUGUGUCCUCAGCUGGUGGGAAGGGACAGUUAGGUCUUCAGUAGGUUAAAGCAAUUCCUGCCCAGUGAGGACUUUGGAACGAGGUAUUCAUUGUGGCCCUUCAUUAGAGCAGAUAUCCUACUGGUAAAUUUUUCUCUGUGCCUAAAACUGUAGUAAGUAAAGCCAUGUACUACAUGAAGUUAAGAGUCUAGCUGCUAAUAACCUGUACAUAAAUUUAGCUCUAUUUUGUGUACCUUGUUUUGUGUGUAUAUGUUGCUGUGAUUUUUAUUUCUUCCCCCUUGUGUUAGAGGUAAUUGUCUUGCACAAAUCUGAUUAAUCAUCUAUUAAACUGGGAUAAAACCAA